AGGAGGGACAAUUCGGAUGCACCCAAAGGCACCCAAAGUCACCCUCAAUGCAGGAUACAAGUAGCAUCAGCUCAAUUACAGACUUUAAUGGGAAAGGCACUUUUUCCCCCUUGACUGCACUGCCCUCUAGUGGAUUAUGUAGGUAACACAAGUAGUUCAUGAGACAUUUUAAACACCCAGUAUGUUAUGUAUAUUUAAUAAUAUAUGUUAUAUUCUAUCUUAUUUUAAAAUUACUCAUGAUAACAUAUAACGUACACCAUACCCCUUUAAAGAAACAGAUGUUACGCCCUGCCCUCACGACCAGCUGCUCUGACAGAGAAAAUGUUUCCCCUGAGGUUAAUUCCGCGUUCCCCACCGACCAAACCCCUCUCUGCCUCGACUGACUGACUGCCAAAAAAAAAACCUUUAGCAUCCUCCUCGGACAGCUUAAGCAGAAGUUUAAAGUGCAAAAUGGGAGAAAUGACGGAGCGAAAGAAGUUUUCUGAAGUUAUUAAUCAGAUAUUUCAAGAGGCGCCUGCUGCAAGGAAUGGUCUCGUUGAUAAUUACAGCAACCUCCUUAAAGUGGCGGAUUACUGCGAGAACAAUUACCUUCAGGCAGAUGAUCCCACCAAGGCUAUGGAAGAGGCCAAAGCAUUAGUUGCCCAAUCUCUGGCCAGUGUGACAUAUCAGAUCAACAGCCUGGCCUGCACCCUGCUGAGGCUGCUGGACUCUCAGGCCAUGCAGGUCAAAGAUGUGGAGUCCUCUGUUAACAUGCUGUCGCUGGCUGCAGCGAUCCACUUUGAGAAGGUUGCCAGGAGAGAGAUCGGUACUUUUACUACUCCCAAAACCAAGAGUUGUUCCAAGCUUUUGACCCCACCAACCUCAGGCAAGGAGCCAAUGAAAAGCUAUCAAAGAGUGCCCAUUUCAUACUCCAUCCUGGACCCCAUUGGACACUGUUUUAUGUUCACCGAGCAGACGUUUAGGAAGAGAGCAGAUACCACAGAGAGCAUACAAAGCACAUCCGACUUCCCUGUAUCCAGUUUAGGCAUCGCUGUGCCUCCACCAUCAGUCCCCACCUUCAAAACCAUCUCCAACCCCACCAACGACAGCCUGCCUCCCCCACCCCCUUCUUCCGACUGGGACCCCAAUAUGCCUUCACCCACAUGUUUACCCCCACCCCCUCCGCCACAGCCAAACUCUCCCUCAAAUGGCAUGUACCCAUCUCCACCACCUCCUCCAGCUGUAGCAGGGGGCGCCGCUCUACCUCCUCCUGCUCCACCUCCUCCUUCUUUCACAGGAGGUGCUGGUCUUCCUCCUCCACCUCCCCCACCAGCCCAACUUUUUUCAGGAGCUGCUCCACCUCCUCCUCCUCCUCCUCCACCACCCCCUCAAAUGGGCAACUCUGCUUAUGUGCCACCCGCCCCUCCACCUCCUCCAUUUUAGUUCACUUUGGUGGAGCAUGAUAUUUCUUUCCUUCAGAAUUGUUUUUGUAUAAAGUGCAGUUAACAUUGAGUGCAUUGUGCUUAGACACAUGCAGGGUUUAACCAUUAGAUGCAUGCGUGAAAUGUCAUGUGAUGCAUUUUCAGACCUUUUGUGAGAUCAUUGAGGUUGAAUAAAAGCUAAAAAAAAAGUGCGUAGUGGUCUAACCUUGAACUGUUUCAUCCAUGUUGGAUUGCACAAUCUGAGCUUCAAGUGAGAGAAAAUCCUCCUCAAAGAGAAACAUUUUGGCAGCAGGAAUUCCUCCAACGUGUUUCAACAAAUCCUUGUCUGCAUUCCUCAGACUCAUGCUGACUCUUGUGUUUCCCUGGUAUCCUCGUUUUUUUCCUGCAAAGUCAUCGCCCUUCUUUAUUAUGUUAUCAAUGUUUCUUAAUCAGCUAUUGGCUCUUAUUUCAGAACUGUAGGUCAGUCUGCCAGUGUCAGUGGGAAUAACGUGUUUUCUUCACCUCACCGAGCUCCACUACUUUAAACAGUCCAAUGAGGCUAUAAAAAUGUCCAUUUCAUGUCAACACUCUGACCUGCAGUUCAUGGCUUGUACUUGAAGGUGUUAAAGCUGACAGAAGAAACAUUACCAUGGGCUUUUAUUUUCCUGUGUUUGAGAUCCCCCUGUUGGUUUUUGGUAUCGUUUUAUGGAUUUUAUGUUGUUAUUUUGCAAACCAACGAAGAGAAGCAGAAGGCUGGCCCCUGAGGACGACAAUUUCUCCAUCUGUUUACAUCAUUCCUUUUUAUGAACAGCGGGGGGACGAGGAAGUAAUGGAUGUAUAUGAAUCAUAUGUUCAACCUCCUUACAGAGAUCCUCCCAUAUACUGCUCAAGAAGUGUGACUCCACCUCCUCCAUACUGGCUUGAAAGAACAUCUUAUCUGGACUCCACAGCCUCAUACACAGACCCUCCAGCUUACUCAGAGCACCAGUGAUCCUCUUCCUCUUCCUCCUCCGUUUUUAAAUGGCAUUUAGUCCGACAACACUGAACUUUUCCCCAGUGAAAAUCUGAGGAAUCCAAAGGAUCUUUUAAACCGGUCUACAAAUUCAGAUUGUGCAUGGGGGAAAACAUUGCGUUGUGUUAAAAUAAAAAUUGUGCUUCAAAUCUUUUUUGUUUGUUUGUACACCACUAGAACAAACACUGCAAAAGUGGUCUUAAGAUGGACCCCUGAUGAAUACCAUUGUUAAUGGUUUUCCUGCAGUAUUGUUUACUUAAAAAUAAAAAUGCAUUAAGUCAUUAAAAUGACACUAAAAACAAAACACACGGCACACCUUUCAGUCCUGUGUCUUUAAAAAAGACAGUAAUGCUAUAAAAGCUCUUCAAGUUGUGUUCCUCCCCAAGUGACACAUUAUCCUUUGAUAGCAACCUACAGGUCAGUUUCUGAAGAGUUUUGAUUCUUAAACAAAGUUAUGUCAGCAGGUUGACAUAUUUCCAGCCAUGAGUGUGGUAGUCAAUAUCUUUCAGUAUUUAUUACCGGUCUUGGUGGUGUCCAUAGCUGUGGUUCUUCUUUGUUUCUAUCUGCACGCAAAAAAGAAAAGAGCAGCAUAUGAUGUCACAAUAGCAACAAGGCAAGAUGACACAUCUUCAGUAGUGCAUUCAAUAUCUUUGUCUGAUGAUCACCCAGAAGAGAACAGACAUUACGACAGAUUUCCCCCUCGGUACAGCACCGUGGAUCACCCUCCUCCAUACUCACUGUUCGACCCCAAGCUAACCAGCGUUUGGCCAGGAGGCCCACCACCCGCCUACGAGAUGUAUCCGAUAACGCUGCCUCUGGCACCUCAUCACUGGAUGCAUCAACCUCCAUCAUCCUCCUCACCCAGCACCCACAACCACCCACACUUAAGAUAAAGAGGCUACAUCAGGGACCUUCAGGCUCCACUUAAUUUUAACUGAAGACUCGCCUUGUGUUUUUUUUUCUGUAUAAAAAGAUAGUAUUAUAAUUUAUUUCAUAUAAUUUUGUAAUUUUAACUUGUGAAAUAAUUUGUAUUAAUAUUAACAGUAGACAGUGAAGCAAUGUUCUCAACAUUUUCAAUUUUAAUACAUUUUUUUUGUGAGCAUCAAACUACAGUGUAGCUGUUCAACUUCAUCUAACUCAGCGGCUGCAUCUUCAAAGCACCAGGUAUUUCUAUGUUAGGCUAUAUUCUCUUUAUUACAAUACAGUACGUACAAGUUGAGGGAAAAUAGAGUUAAAAAUUAAAGAAGUUACCAGC